AUGUUGCUGGAUGCUGGUCACCAGUUCCCCGGACUGGGAGUGGGGUCAUUUGCCAGGCAUCACUCAGCGAGCGAGAUGCAGGAGAGAGACUUGAGUUUGGCACAAAAUAGCUUUGUAGACUCCGCACACAUGGGUGCGUUUAAGCUGAACCAUGAUCUCUCUCCGGGACAGAGCUCUGCCUUCACCAGCCAGGCGCCGGGCUACCCCGCUGCGGCUCUGGGAGCUCACGCCGCCCAUGUCUCGUCGUAUGCAAGCUCUCCUUUCAACUCAACCAGGGACUUUCUCUUUCGUAGUCGUGGCUUCGGAGAAUCCUCUCCGGCUAGCAGCCAACACACUAUUUUUGGCCCCACGGCGGGAUCCCUUCAUCACUCCCACACAGACACUCAAGGCCACAUUCUGUUCCCCGGGAUCCACGACCAACAUGGGUCCCACGGUUCCCCGAAUGUCCUCAACGGGCAAAUGAGGCUCGGACUACCCGGAGAAGUUUUCGGACGCUCCGACCAGUACCACCAGGUUUCCAGCCCGAGGACCGACCCGUACUCUGCCGCGCAGCUCCACAACCAGUACGGCUCCAUGAAUAUGAACAUGGGGAUGAACAUGGCAGCCCACCACCACCCCGGUGCCUUUUUCCGCUACAUGAGGCAGCAGUGCAUCAAGCAGGAGCUCAUCUGCAAGUGGAUCGACCCCGAGCAGCUCAGCAACCCAAAGAAGUGUUGCAACAAAACUUUUAGCACCAUGCACGAGUUGGUCACGCACGUCUCGGUGGAGCAUGUCGGUGGACCGGAGCAGACCAACCACGUCUGUUUCUGGGAAGAUUGCGCCCGGGAGAGCAAACCGUUCAAGGCGAAAUACAAACUGGUGAACCACAUUCGGGUGCACACCGGGGAGAAGCCUUUUCCAUGCCCCUUCCCCGGCUGUGGAAAGGUCUUCGCACGGUCGGAAAACUUGAAGAUACACAAGAGAACACACACAGGAGAGAAGCCGUUCCAGUGUGAGUUUGAGGGCUGCGACAGAAGGUUUGCAAACAGCAGCGACCGAAAGAAACACAUGCACGUUCACACGUCGGACAAGCCUUAUCUCUGCAAAAUGUGUGACAAGUCCUACACACAUCCCAGCUCCCUACGAAAACACAUGAAGGUCCAUGAAGCCUCUCCACCAGCAUCAGACUCAUCACCAGCAGCCAGCUCUGGUUAUGAAUCCUCCACACCUCCAGGCCUGGUGUCUCCCACCACCGAGACCCAAAGCAACACCACCCUGUCCCCAGCCUCAGCUGUGCACAACACCACCAGCCACAGUGGCCUAUCCUCCAAUUUCAGUGAAUGGUAUGUUUAGGACUAAGCUGAAAUGAAGCAACACACACUCAUUUCAUAGCACUGGACCAUUCAGCAGGAGAUUGGGACACGUGCACACAAGAGGCACACAAACAUUUGUUUAUUUUUAUUAUUUUUGAUUUGCCAGGGAAUAUGACGAUUACCACAGAGGAAAUUAUGUAUAAUAGUCGCAGUGUAUUUCAUAUUGUAAAUAAUUACUAAAAGCCCACUUUCCCAUUGGUUGUGAUAGUUUUUGGUGUAUAGAUGUUCCUUCAAUGGUAGCUAUUUCUCUAACUGGACUUUUAGUGCACAUAUUACAAUAAAAUUGUACUAUACUGUUGAAUAUUGUGAUCCUAAGGCAAAUUGAUUGUACUAUACUAAACAUCUAUAAACUGGAAAGAGUGCCAAAGUUAACAUUUAACUCAAACAGACCACAAUAUUAUGCUUGUGAAUGUAUAUUUUAGUUUGCUGGGCUUAACUUGUGAUGUUUUGUGCUUUGCAAGUUUGAAUUGUGAAAUACUAUCUGGAAGAUUGUGAGGAAAAUAAACGUUGUGCCGUUCAAUUUUCUGUAAACCCUUCCUUUUGUAAAUAUCAACUGCCAUAUUUAUCCAUUUGUAAUUAAAUUAUGGUAUUUACUUGCUACAGAUGAAACAGUAUUUAUAAAGAAUGUUUCUUUACUAUAAAUAUGUAAAAUUACGAGCUAAACCUGGGCAGUUGU